AUGGCUGAAAAUGUCCAAGCAACUGUUGAAGAUGAUGUUCAAGCAAGUGAAAAUGCAACUAUAAAUGUUGCUAUUCAGGAAACUGUACAAGAAAGUGUAAGUAUUGAAGCAACUACAGAUGAUUCUAUUCAGGAAACUAUACAAGAAAGUGUAGGUAUUGAAGAAACUGCAUAUGAUGUUAUUCAGGGAACUGUACCAGAAAGUGUAGGUAUUGAUGAAAUUGCAGAUGAUGCUAUUCAGAAAACUGUACCAGAAAGUGUAGGUAUUGAAGCAACUGUAGAUGCUGCUAUUUGGGAAACUAAAUUUGGUUAUGAACCUCAUGAGAAUGCACAUGCUUUGGAAAGGGUAAAUGUGAUGCCUGACCCUGUGUCACCAGUGGAAAUGGGUGCAGAUGUUAAUGAGAUUGAAGAUCACUUGGAAGCAUAA